CCCAAAAGAAAAAAAGGACAUUUCCUGGCGCAAGUCGUGCCGCCCAACGUCACAUGACGCAGGACUGUUGCGUACGCAAUCCGGGCUUUUCCCGGCUACGGUGAACGAAUCCGGAAACGAACAUGAUAAGAAAGGAACACAACAAAUAAUCUGCAGACGAUGGAUCCUCCAACCUGCCAGCAACCGUCAACAGUGCUUCCUUCCAGCUCCCCCUUGCCCUGCUCCUGUCUAAGUAGAACUGUGUGCUGGAGCCAGAGUAGAGCUUCUGGCUGGGAACAGGCAGUGCCACGCAGAAUGCCACGGAGGAGGCAAAACCAAGCGCUCAUGACCGCCAUCGGUACACGGCAAUCCCGCUGUCGGCCUACAUCUGUGGCUUUCAAGCGGCACCUGGAGACCAGAGACAAGGAACCCAGCUCUAAGCACUUCCUCUCGGAGGACAAAAUGGCUGCCCGCUUUAACUCCCUCAGCCUGGACAAUGAUCACAUGUACAGUUCCAACGGUUUCCCGGUACGAGAGGAAGAUCCCAAGUGGCAGCAGGCCUACUCACGACUAAAAGAACUACAGCUCAGGCUGUCCUAUGAUGGCGUAAAUGAAGAAGCCAGUUCAACAGAUGAGGAAAAUGAGGGUGGUGACGUAGUUGUGGAUGGGGAAUUCAUUAUGCCAGACUGUCCCAUGCUACUGCUUCCAUCCCUUGUGGAAGGGUCCCUUGGAAGGGUCAGUCUUGUUCCCGAGGACGUGUUGCUCUCUCUGAAUCCUUGCACGGAAGUCGUCCUGUGGAGUCCUCCUGGAAACUCCAGCCUGAACACCAUCCGUAUGCUGAUGGCCAAUGCAUCGUCUUUGAGUGCUUCCAGACAACCUCAGCAGGAGGUGGGGAUGACCCAAGAGGAAAUGGAAAUAUGAGUGUCCGUCCCCCUUCAGCCGCUCCCCUUUGAAACAACGCCCUGAUUUUUUUCAACCCGCCAGCCUUCUCAAGACUUUCAGCAAACGGCACUAUGAUCCAGCCUCAUUUCACCAUGUUUUUUACUCCUGUCUAGCAAUACUAAAUGUUUUCAAAGAGACGGCAAUAACCGGAUCCUCUUGCGCUCUUAUUAGAAGCAAAUUGUGAGCAAUUGUUUAUGGGUUUUUUUCUGAUAGGAAUCUUAAGGAUAAAUCAGGCCGUCAAAUUGUAACCAACCCUUGCUGACCCCGUGAAGUUCUGCCUCACGGGGUUUUGAAGGCAAGAGACAAGCAGACAUAUUGGUUUGUUCUUGCCCGUUUCUGCACGGCGUUCCUAGUCUUCCUUGGUGGUCUCCCACCCGAAUACUGAUGCUUAGCUUCCAAGGUCUGGUGCUAGCAGAGGUCUGCAACCUGCAGCUCUCCAGAUGCUCAUGGACUACAAAUCCCAUCAGCCCCUGCCAGCAUGGUCAUGCUGACGGGGCUGCUGGGAUUUGUAGUUCAUGAACAUCUGGAGAGUCGCAGGUGGCAGACCCCUGUACUAUGGCCAGUCCUUCAUAAGAGCAACGCCUAGAAGUGCUUGGACUUAAUUUGCAGUUCCUACGUCGCACUUUUAUAGUGGUCUUCCUUUGACAAGUUCAACUGUUUGUCGUCGUCGUGGCCCCCCUCCCCCCCCAUUAUAUCCUCAUAAUCAUGAGAUACGGCAACCGGACGAAUGGUAAAAUGGUCUUUCUCUUGGGACGAAUCCCAUCUCUGGUGCUGAGAUCUCAACAAGCAUGUUGUCACCUUAGGGAAAAAUAAAACAAUCCGAGUCGGCA